GUCGUUUGUCGGAAUCGGAUACCGUCCGCGCACGUCGUUAGAUCGGCCCCCGUGACUAUUGGCCGCGCGGACCCGGAAACGUCACGCGACAGCUUAGCUUAGCUGCGGCUCGGAAGGAAGAUGGGCGAGCGCCUCAAGACGGAUUAGUACUAACUAAUGAUAACUGUACUAUUAAUCGCUUGUAAAUUUCAGUAUCAAUGAUUAACUCACUCGGUUUACUUCGGUGUCGUAAUAUCUGUGGCGUCGACAGUCGAAUGAUCUUGUUUUUUUUUUUUUUUUAGCUUAUUCCGUCGUUGAGAGGUAGCCUCUUCCCGUUAACAUCUUAACCUCGGAUGCAGACUGCCAAGCUUAUUUGUAGCUAAUUAAGUCAUUUUCGAAUAACAUAAAUAGAGGUUUAAUAGCGGGUGUGUUUAACAGAGAUGUCCGAAUUGGUCUUGCUAGGCGGUUUUUUAGUUGACGUGCUAAGCGGAUAAAGGGGAAAUGUACUUUUACUAGUUUUAGGAAAUUUUAAAGCUGUCGAUAAACUUGAGAACAGCUGUAUUAGCCUGCUAAAGAAAUUACGUUAGCUAGUUACGUGUCUGAAAUAUGUAAUUAUUUUUUGGUAUUUGUGUGAUACGUUGAUCUUCAGAGUAUUUUUUUCCCGUGUCAGUUCUAUGCUUUUUUAAAAGAAACUUGCAGUUUUAAUAAUGCGCGAAACCGCUGUAAAUUUCGGCCUUUUACAUAGAAUAUGCACACUGGUUGUGCUUUUGUGCUUUGUCCAUAUAUCCGUUACUGUAGUUUAUUAUGUUAGGUCUUUCGAUGUGCGACUUUCAUUCCUACAAUAUCCGCAAACAAAGUCUGAUCAGAACCAUAAUAGAUUGCACCCAGUCACAGCGCCUGUGAAACGGGAAAACAUGGAUGCUGAUUUGGCUCCCGUGGAGGCAGAAGAGCUUAUACAAUGUCCUGACGAUCCACCUCUUCUAGUGGGCCCACUGAGAAUCGAAUUCUCCGACCCCAUUACCCUGGAUCUUGUAAGGGCUGAGAAUCCAAAGCUCUCGGAGGGUGGCCGCUACAAGCCUAGCGAGUGCAUUGCCCUCCAAAAGGUGGCAAUAAUUAUACCCUUUCGCAAACGUGAAGAUCACCUCAGGUUCUGGCUGUACUACCUCCACCCCAUCCUACAGCGGCAGCAACUGGAUUAUGGCGUCUAUAUCAUCAAUCAGGAUGGAGACGAGGUGUUCAAUCGGGCCAAGCUCCUGAACAUCGGCUACAACGAGGCCUUGAAGGAGUAUGACUACGACUGUUUUGUCUUCAGUGAUGUGGACCUGAUUCCCUUGGACGACCGCAACAUCUACAAGUGCUACAGCCAGCCUAGACACCUGUCUGUGUCUAUGGACAAAUUCGGCUUCAGGCUGCCAUAUAAUCAAUACUUUGGUGGGGUCUCCUCCAUGAGCAAGGAGCAGUACCUGAAAAUCAAUGGCUUCCCCAACAACUACUGGGGUUGGGGUGGGGAGGACGACGACAUCUACAACAGGCUGAGCUCGAAGGGGAUGAGGAUAUCCCGGCCAAGCGGAGAGAUUGGAAAGUGCCGGAUGAUCCGACACCAGAGAGACGAGAGGAACGAGCCCAAUCCCCAGAGGUUUGACAGAAUUGCACACACGCGGGAGACAAUGAACAGUGACGGAAUCAACUCCCUGUCGUACAGGGUUGUCAGGGUUGAGAAAGAUCUAUUAUUCACAAAGAUCAUUGUUGAUGUGGGGAAACCCCAUCAAUGAGACUCAAAGCUUUCAUUUUUCUUGGGUGUGUGCGUGUUCGUUUUUUUUUUAAAUUUUAUUUUAUUUUUUCCCUUUUAACGGAUACAGUAACCAAAUGUGCCUUAAUGAUAUGAGCUAGGAGUCCUAGUACUUCCUGAAUCUGUCAGAGGAUUUCAAAAGUACCUCUACUGCCUCUAUUUAAUUUUGUAGAGCCAGAGGUGAAUUCUCUGCAGCUGGUUUUUUUUUGUACUUGUAUGAAGUAAAACUGUGAUCAGGUUUCAUGGCACAGUGGGCUUGUGGGAAGGAGAAUAAAACUCCAUUUACAAAACUCUGGGACGAUGUGGCAGCCAUUUGAAAUGCCUUGCGUAACACAGACUUCCUCUCGGCAGUGUGUUGGAACUGCAGUCUGCCACAAAGAGUUUGUGACCUAAAAAUGGACUUCAGGACAUUUUAUCUUCGGUCGGGGCCUUUGGACCAUUGUGUCUUUGUUUUUAUGCAAUACUCCUUUUCAAUAUACUGUGAUGUUUUUGUAUGGUUGGAGCUUGAGUGAUUCUGAAAGUGCCACAGCUUUUGGGGGCUUUUUGUCAAACUAGUCACCUUUUUUUUUUAUCAGGCUGCUGUGGCUGGUGAUGACAAAUGCAAGCAUCUUAAAUAUUUAUACUGUGUAAUUCUAUUGCUGACAGCCAAAAAAAAAACAAACAAAAAAAACAAUCAACUGAACAUGUUAUUAGCAGUAAAGUAAAACGGGCACUAGACAAACCCAGUUUAGAUGAAUGGGAAAUUGGCAAACGUAUGGUUCAGCUUCCUCUUUUCCUGAAACAUCAUCUGAAAUUCUGCAUUCGCAUACAAGGAGUACAGGAUCGGUCAUCGCCACAGGCGUCUGUAGUAAUAAGCCAGACAGCGCAUGUUCCUCUUUGCUCUGUAUAUGGUGACGUGAUGAAGCACCUCUCAGACUUUUGAUCUCUUAAGUCAGAUUAGGGUUUAGGUACCUGGCACCUAAACAUAUCAACUUCAGACUUUGCUCCCCGAGUCUCAAAUAACUCGUCCAUCACUUAUCAUUGGCAAGGCCGUGCCUUUGUCUGCCUUCAUUGGAGAUGGGAGUUUUGGAUGACUGCAGCUGAGCAAUGAGAUGUACAUGUCUUAAAUAACUUGUAUCUGUAUGACUUCGGUGUGUUGCGGGGCACGAAAACCUGUUUAUGACCAAAUGUGAUCCCCAAGCAUGUCAGAGUUCCUUAACGCCACAGGUUUUAGGUGGACACAAGUUUUGUUAAUUAUAUCUGACUGACGACAUACUGGUAAGAAAGGGAACACUAGUUAUUUUUGGUUAUUUUCCACAUGUCUUUGUUCAGUGCUGGGUUUGAAAUUCUCUGAGAUAUUGUACUUUUGUGAGAAAUCGCCUUUGAAUUUAUCGUAUGCAAUUUCAUCUUAUUUAAUGCUUUUUUUGUGCCUUUUCUGUGCUUCUCGUCAUCUCAUUUAUAAGAUCCUAUUUGUCCAGUCAUGCCAGUCGCUAAAUGUGUUUGUUCAUGUCUUCAACAGCUCCCUCCUGGGGCACCAAUUCACAAUAUAAUCGUUCGCUCAGGGUAAUUUAAAACAAAAAACGAGCCAUUAACUGUUGUGCGGCUGAAGGUCCGUCUUAGACUGAUAGCCAAAUCAACCCAUAACCAAAAUAAAUGUUUGCUUUCCCUGCCUACAUUUCCAUUGAUAUCAGAACACUGUGCCCAGUUCCGACCUUAGGGCUGAUUGGCAAAAUAAGGCAUAGCCCGAGAUGUUCAAGAUAAGAGGUUGGAAGAAGUCAUCAUCACUAGUGCACGUUCUUGCUUAAUGCAUCAACUUCAGAAUUUUCUCUUGCAUGACGCGAAAGAAAACCGUCCAUAUACUGCUAUCUCAUCUGAUCCAGCUCAUCCCACCCCAAAAGGACAAUAAUUUGGUGGUAUCUGUGUUCUGUUAUGCCGACAGGAUACAAAAUGGUAAAUACUCCGAUGGUUUAAGACCUGAAGUUAAUCUCUAGUAAAUACCUACCUCUUAAUACUGUUCAGUGUUUGGGGGGGCAGAUUAUGUAGCGUUAGCACAUGAAAGGCAUUAUAUAGGGUGUGGUGGGUUUUUGUUUUCAUUAUAAUUGGUGUAUUGUGUGUGAUUCAUGACUUAUGCUCGGGGGGCACUGUUCUGUUCAAGUUAACAAUGAGGUGAGGUUUUGAUCGGAUUCAGUGGAUUACAGGUAAAACUCGUUGAUGCCACUGAAACCUACCAACUAGGAGUCAAAGCAGUAAAGUAGGCAGGUCAGCAGAAUUCCUUGCUGCUUUCAUUCAUUUCUGUCUUUGUUCUGUUUGGUUCUGAUUUCAUGUCGUGGUGUCUUUUAGCAGACCAUGUUUGUUCUUGAAUUCUUUUCCAUGUUUUGAUGAAGCAAUCCUGAUUAAAAAUGUCUGAUUUCA